AUGGAGAAGUUCGCCCGAGACUGCCUCACGAUCGACGAGAAGCUCAACACCUCCGCGUUAACGUCCACAUCUCGCAUGACAGAGGUCUAUUCGCGAGCUGCCAAGCUCAUCAGCAAGACGCUCGACCUCGACGGCUGCAGCAUCCUGGACAUCAGUCAGUUUGAGCGACUGCAGAGCACCGACGCUCUUGGCAACCAGCAUACGGUGUACCACGCGAAUCCCUUCUCUGGUUCCAGUGCUUCUGGGUAUGAGAUGGCCGAAUCGUUCGGCGCUGUCACUGCCUUCCCCAUACUGGCUUCGACGGGGCCAGAUGAGCCGCGCACUCGACCUCUCACGGCUGAGGAGCAUCAGCGCAUGUCCAAGUUCCUUGGGGAGAACCGAGACGGACGCAUCUACGAGAACAUUGUGCCGACCUGGAUCCGAUAUGUCUUCCCUCCAUCGCUCAAGUACGGCAUGGUGGUGCCCCUCCUCGACAUGGACCAGCAACCGUUCGCCAUGAUCUGUGCCCACACACACGACAAGGGGAAGCAGUUCCUGGAAGGGUACGAACUGCAGUUCUUGCGUGCCAUCGGUGUCAUCAUUCUGUCUGCCGUUUUGCAGCGGCGCAUGGCACUCGCCAACCGAUCCAAGAGUGUUCUGAUUUCUUCGGUCAGCCACGAGCUGCGCACACCGCUACACGGUAUUCUCGCUGCUGCCGAACUGCUGACCGACACGAAGCUGGACGCGAACCAGGAAGCGUUCCUGUCCACUGUCCGCACGUGUGGUCUGCAGCUGAUCGACACGGUCAAUCACGUUCUCGACUUUACCAAGCUAAGCGCCGACUCGAAGAAUGGAACCAACUCGCGCAGGCAGAUCCAGAAGCAGACUGUCAACCUUGCCGAGCUUCUUCACUCGACCGUCGAGAGUUGUUGGCUGGGUCAGCGUGCCCGUUUAAUGCAGAUGGGGGAGGCGGAAUCCGAUCUUGGAUCAUACUACGCCCCUGUACCGAUGGGACUCGUCCCACACGAUCAGCGCAUGAACAUCAGCAGCAACCUCGCCAACGUCGAAACUGUGCUGGACAUCGGGUUCCGACAAGGCGGAUGGAACGUCGUCUGCGAGCCAGGUGGCCUCCGACGCAUCAUCAUGAACUUGUACGGCAACUCGGUCAAAUUCACUAAGGAAGGAUACGUUCAGGUUGCCUUGCGCGAGCUGCCGCACCCGCCAGAGGCUCGCCGUAUCCCGCUCGAGCUCAGUGUUGUUGACACUGGCAAGGGUAUUAGCAAGUCGUUCCUGAAGGACCAGCUGUUCCAGCCUUUCUCUCAGGAGAAUCCUCUGCAACCGGGAACCGGCCUCGGCCUCGCGAUUGUCAACACAAUCGUCCGAUCCGAGGGUAUGAACGGCAAUCUCGAGGUCUGGUCGGCUGAAGGCGUCGGAACGGAGAUCAAGGUCACGUUCGAAGUGGAUCUUCUGAACCCGAACGAGCAGGAAGAAAUGACAAAGUCAAACCCGAUCAUGACGACCUUCGAUCCCGAACUCGGCAGCGGCUUCGCUGUCGCCUUCAUCGGUCUCAGCCCUGACCACCGCGGACACCGCUUACUUUCCGAGGUCAUGACGCAGUACUCGAACGCCCUUGGCUUCAAGGUUGUCGAUGAUCUGCGACAGGCCGACAUUGUGCUUGCGAACGAGACGUAUGCCCUUAUUCCAGAAGUCGUGGACGUCCUGCACAACCGAGCUCUCAUUGUCCUCAGUUCGAUUAAGGGUCAGGACAAGGAAGCUAUCCGGCGGAUUGCAGCGACAGAGGGCCACAUCGGUCUGUGGCACAAGCCACUUGCGCCGUGCUUGUUCAUGAAGGAAAUGCGCGACGCGGUCGACUGGGCGAAGGCGUCGCGUUCGAAUGGCGCUACUUCCCCAGCCGAGUCUGCCCCCUUACCGAGGAGCAAGGCCCCGGGUUUGUCGGCCGGGGCGACCCCUUCUCCGCUGGCCAACGGCAACAGCGACCGACUCGGAACUCCCGAGCCUCUGAGCUUGGCGAACCACCCGACGAUGAGAGACACGCCUGGUUUCAGUGUGUUAACUCAUCCGCAGUUCAAGGCACAGGCGACUCUGAGCCGCCGUCACUCGGAGGAGGCCAAGAGCAAUCGACGCCCCGUCCGGCCGCCGCUGGGCUCACGCGGCGCGACAAACGACGGCCUGAAGAUCAAUGGCCACAGCCCUCCGUCUGACGAGCUUUCCAGUCUCGCAUCGGCCGAGUCAUCCCCGGGGUCGUCCACUUCCGGUAAUUCGACGGUUCCACUAGGUGACGGCGGUGCCAUGCUGCGUGCGGUCACGAUGACGCCCGCACUCGCGGCGCUGCGACGACAGAGCCGCCCCCGUGUUAUGGUCGUCGAGGAUAACGCAAUCAACCGGCGAGUCCUGACAGCCUUCCUGCGGAAGAAGGGCUUUGGGUACUCGGAAGCCGUCGACGGUGCGAAAGGCGUGCAGCUGUUCCGCGACACGCCACCAUCGCACUGGGAUGUGAUCCUGAUGGACAUCAACAUGCCGAUCAUGGAUGGACUCGAGGCGACGCGCAUGAUUCGCACGAUCGAGGCAUCGCGGCGCCACUGCGUCAAGUCGCCGAACGGCGACAGCAAGCCUAAGCUCAUGGGCAACGAGAUCUCGGGCAAGGGCGCGGACACCAGUAACGCUGAGGACACGCCGCCGACACGGGACCCGCCCAAGUCGAGCCGAGCUCACGACCCGACGCACGUCAAGAUCUUUGCACUGACGGGCCUCGCGACGGGCGAGGACAAGCGCACCGCCUUCAACGCCGGCGUGGACGGGUACCUCGUGAAGCCGGUCUCGCUCUCGUCGCUGGAUGUGCUGUUCAAGAAGAUUGGGUUCUAG